AAUUGCUGGAACGAAAUGGAGCACAAGUGGGCACAAUGAUGUACUUUCGUGACAUAUUUCGCUUGCUCAGCUUUUAACAGCACCGCCUGAGCGUAAUAUACGUAAAGGGCUUCGUACGCACACAGCAACGGAUGACAAUAGUGAGGGUGAAUUAUAAAUGAUAAGUAGAUGAGUGUAGGACAAUACGGCGGGCCAAGCUGUAGUGUGGACGACUCCCGCUGCUGCAUCACCUUCAGAGCUUCCAGCAGAGAAAAUUACAAGGUGGUAGUAAAUAGUGACUAUGGAAGUAGACUGGCUGUAUCACAUGAGACGGGAAAUGCAGGAGAUUCUUCCAGGACUUUUUCUUGGCCCCUAUAGUGCAGCAACUAAAUCCAGGUUCAAUACACUUCUGAAUCAUGGAAUCACACACAUUAUAUGCAUCAGACAGAGUAUAGAGUCGCACAUGGUUCGGGCUAAUUUUCCUGACAAGAUUAAGUACUUGAUAUUAGACAUGGCCGACAACCUGACUCAGAACCUCAUAUCUCAUGUAUCAGAAUGUCGGAGGUUCAUUGAUGAGUGCCUGGCAUCAGGAGGAAAAUGUCUUGUUCAUGGCAACCUUGGAAUUUCCCGCAGUGCAGCAAUUGUAGUCGCAUACGUCAUGGAAAAGAGAGCUUUAACCUAUAAAGAGGCACUAGAAUUUGUGCAAAACAGAAGAUAUUGCAUCAAUCCAAAUGAUGGUUUUAAACAACAGCUGAUUGAGUAUGAAGCAAUUUACAAAGCUCAGCAGACUCUUCUCAAUGGUCAGUGUUCACAAGAAAAAGGGAAACUUAAAAGAAAGCAUGAUCAAACUAUUGACGAUUUUGAUCAGGAUUCUUCAGAACCAAUGGAAGCCUUAAGUUGAUAAACAAAAAUCCCAGUAUGGGCAAAACAUUUCAUACACAAUCAGACCUUGUGAUAAUUGAAAUAUUGUGAAGCUAACCAGUUUCACUAAUGGUCCUUGUAAAGAGUUAGUUGUGUCAAAUUUUAUUUUUUUAUUUUCUUAUGGGUAGAUGAAAUAUUCCAGUACUAUAGUAAGUUGAUUACAGAAAGAAAAGUCAUGACAUUAAUUUCUCUUGCUUUGUGGAGGCUUAACAGUAGAGUCUAGUUAUAGUCUCAAAUUCACUUUAUUUAUUUUUGAAUACAGGAGAAUUUUGAUAAGAUUUUUAUAUAUACUGUACUGUACUGUAAUUGUAUAUUGAUACUGUGUAGAAAUAUUAUUCAUUUGUGUCAAUAGAUAACAGCAUAGACAUGUCUUUGCUCACAUUCAAAUUAAGACAUGCAAUUCUUGGGUAAACAAAAAAUGAGUUUAAAAUAUGCUUCAAGAACAGAUUAUUAUUAUUAUUUCUUAUGUCUAAUGUCAGACUUAUUUAAGUUCUUUAAAUUGAAACGAGCCAUAAGAAAAGCCUUCUUGUAAUUUGAAGCAGAGGCCUUCUGCGAGCACACACAUACAGAUCUCUUCUCUCACAUCACAUACUGCUGGUAACAUCCCAGAUUGGACUUUAAGACAGGCUGCAGUAACACGGUUAUAUCUGACACAAUGUUUAUUGAUAAGAAAACAUAUUUUGGAAAGUGGGCUUUAUGAACAUCCUUUGGUAAAAUGAAUGAUUCUGUUUAAUUUAUUACUUUUGAUUGAGUCUAUAGGAUUUUUCUUUUGAUUAUCUAUGCAUUAGCAAAUUUCUAUCAGUUAAUCUAGAUGGUAUAUAGGAUUGCCACAGUCCCUUUGACAAACUCUAGUUCUCAGGGACACCUUCAGGCUGCUAAGUUACAGAAUGAGAGAGAGAAGGAGGAAAUAAGAUGUGUGUGUACGCACAGUGUGUGUUUGUGUACGCAUCGUAAUACGUAAUAAUACGUACAUAAUAUCUGUGUGUAUACGCACAGACACACACCCAUAUUCUUAGUAAGGUAAUAAAUACAAGCAAGCAUGCAUUGAAGGACAAGUUCAUAUAUACCAAACAUCUGCCAUUCUAAACAAGGAAGUUUCUGCACAAUUCUAUCACAAGAAUGUGACGUAUAUAUAGGAGAGUGUUGAGGUUGUGUGAUGGGGUACAUCCUGCAUCCCUGGAAAGUUGAGAUGAUCUAAUGUGCAUCCCUGGAGUGUUGAGGUGAUCCAACCCAUGUGCCUGGAGAGUUGAGGUGAUCCAACCCAUGUCCCUGGAGAGUUGAGGUGAUCCAACCCAUGUCCGUGGAGAGUUGAGGUGAUCCAACCCAUGUCCCUGGAAAGUUGAGGUGAUCCAACUCAUGUCCCUGGAGAGUUGAGGUGAUCCAACCCAUGUCCCUGGAGAGUUGAGGUAAUCCAACCCAUGUCCCUGGAGAGUUGAGGUGGUCGAUACAACAUCCCUGGGGGGGUUGAGGUGGUCGAUACAACAUCCCUGGGGGGGUUGAGGUGGUCGAUACAACAUCCCUGGGGGAGUUGAGGUGGUCGAUACAACAUCCCUGGGGGAGUUGAGGUGGUCGAUACAACAUCCCUGGGGGAGUUGAGGUGGUUGAUACAACAUCCCUGGGGGGGUUGAGGUGGUCGAUACAACAUCCCUGGGGGAGUUGAGGUGGUCGAUACAACAUCCCUGGGGAGUUGAGGUGGUCGAUACAACAUCCCUGGGGGGGUUGAGGUGGUCGAUACAACAUCCCUGGGGGAGUUGAGGUGGUUGAUACAACAUCCCUGGGGGAGUUGAGGUGGUUGAUACAAAAUCCCUGGGGGGGUUGAGGUGGUCGAUACAACAUCCCUGGGGGAGUUGAGGUGGUUGAUACAACAUCCCUGGGGGAGUUGAGGUGGUCGAUACAACAUCCCUGGGGGAGUUGAGGUGGUUGAUACAACAUCCCUGGGGGAGUUGAGGUGGUCGAUACAACAUCCCUGGGGGAGUUGAGGUGGUUGAUACAACAUCCCUGGGGGAGUUGAGGUGGUCGAUACAACAUCCCUGGGGGAGUUGAGGUGGUUGAUACAACAUCCCUGGGGGAGUUGAGGUGGUUGAUACAAAAUCCCUGGGGGAGUUGAGGUGGUCGAUACAACAUCCCUGGGGGAGUUGAGGUGGUUGAUACAACAUCCCUGGGGGAGUUGAGGUGGUCGAUACAACAUCCCUGGGGGAGUUGAGGUGGUUGAUACAACAUCCCUGGGGGAGUUGAGGUGGUCGAUACAACAUCCCUGGGGGAGUUGAGGUGGUUGAUACAACAUCCCUGGGGGAGUUGAGGUGGUCGAUACAACAUCCCUGGGGGAGUUGAGGUGGUUGAUACAACAUCCCUGGGGGAGUUGAGGUGGUUGAUACAAAAUCCCUGGGGGAGUUGAGGUGGUCGAUACAACAUCCCUGGGGGAGUUGAGGUGGUCGAUACAACAUCCCUGGGGGAGUUGAGGCAAGCAGGAUCUGUCCCAUCACACACCCCUCGAUAAUUUCUCCCAGGAAGUUUCUCUUUAUGUUGGCUUGAGAGUUGAGCCUUGAUGUGUGCCUUGAUCCUUCAUAUAAUGUGGAGGAAUGCUCAUAUGGCCUCAGCCCACUUGGGUUCAAUUCUCAAAUUCUUUGUUAGUUUUUGAUGAACUUCUUUUAAACUUUUAUAUGUCCUGCAGACUAUGGAUUAUCCUUUUCAUCUUUACAACAUCUAAAUGACAAUCUUUGGGCUUUUAAGACGGAUAUCCUUGAGCAGACAAGUGGCUUGUGGUGAUACUGAUAUUUACAGAUUGUAACUGUGUACUAGAUGCAUGUGUUUAACUAAAAUAGUUUUAUUGGCUCCAGAUGGAAAGUUUAAUUUAUGUACAUUAUUGCAUGGACAUAACUUGAUUACCCCAUGCAUACACACACAUGAAUGCGUACAAACAAACAUACAACCACCAAGGAAUAAUCAAUAGCUCUAAGGAGACGUUCAACAGUUGUAGCUCAUUUCCACAUACACAGUCAAUAACAUGCACAUGAAUAUACAACAUAAGCACACAUCCAAACAUGGGCAACACCCGACCUAUUCAAUACGCACAUAGACAUUCACUUUAUCUUUUUAUUUAUUUAUUUAUUUAUUUAUUUAUGUAUGUAUUUAUUUUUUUCUCUCCACACUAGCUGUCUUAUUUUCCCUCUUAUCCCCUCCACUCUCCUCUUGUUACUUGUUAUCGUGCCUCCAUAUCUUACCCCAUACAGCAGUCCUCUCACUACCUCCCUUCACAUGGCUUGCUGCCAGUACUGCCCUCUCCAUCAUUCCCUCUACUUGGGCAGGAUGGUAGAGUGAUGGUCUCGCUUCAUGUUCAAUCCCCGACCGUCCAAUUGGUUGGGCACCUUUCCUUGCUCCCGUCUUAUCCCAAAUCCUCAUCCUGACCUCUUCCCACGCCCACUCACACUCCUAUAUGUUACACACAUUUGAGUUGGCUUUGAAAUUGAUGUUUUUUUAUAUAAACUUUAAUUUUCUUUUUCUUAGUAUUAGACUACAAAUACCUAUAUUAGGAAAUAAAUUUUACAUGUAAAUUGGUAUAAUCAUUUGAAAUGUCUAGAAAAUUUGAUAUUUUUAAUGAAUGAAUUACAUGCACAAAGGAAUAUGGGGAGGCCUACAGUUGCCCUGGUGGUUGGCUAAGCCCACCUCUGAUGCUGGGCUCAAAAUGUUGAGGAUUGGUGGGAUGCAUACAUACAGUCCGUUAUCAUCUUUACCACCGUUUCAAAGUAUAUUCUGAAAUAUACAUAUCAUGAAAUAUUAAGCUGAUGAAUACUCUCCCAGGGCUUCCAACGUUUAUUGUUUGUAUGAUUCAAUCUCUUCUUUUCUCCUGAAAUCAUGUUCAUGUUGUGCUCUGGUUGGUUAAGUAAAUGUUGGGAAGUUGAGAGCAAGUUUAGAUCCAGCCAGGUCAACACGCAUGGCUGUUUUUCCCUGUGUUUUGUUAGUCUUAUAAGAUUUUCAUUUUAGACUAACAUUGUAUGUACCUAAACACCUCUCUAAAACAUUUGAUAUGCCAACCUAAACAUAGUUCUGUAUAUACUUUAUUAUUAAAGGACAUAACUAUUAAAACAAGAAAGCCAUCAGACUAAUUAAAUGUGAAUGCUUGCAUCAAGCAGUCAUCAGUAUAAUUAGCUCAAUUGGCAUUAUAACUUAUCUUUUAUUGUAGAAUUAUAGUUUUGUGAUCUCCAAAUGAAUUUUGCAGACUAUUUAAGACAAAUAUUGUUUUGCACAAAAAGAAAAUUCUUUAAUUUUGUUCAUGCCAUGGUGCAUAACAAUUUUGUUCAUGCAUGGGCAUGGGUGCAUAACAGUUUUAUUCAUGCAUGAGCAUAGGUGCAUAACAAUUUUGUACAUGUAUGGGUAAGGAUGCAUAACAAUUUUGUUCAUGCAUGGGUAUGGAUGCAUAACAAUUUUGUUCAUGCAUGGGCAUGGGUGCAUAACAAUUUUGUUCAUGCAUGGGCAUGGAUGCAUAACAAUUUUGUUCAUGCAUGGGCAUGGGUGCAUAACAAUUUUGUUCAUGCAUGGGCAUGGGUGCAUAACAAUUUUGUUUGUGCCAUGGUGCAUUACAAUUUUGUUCUUGACAUGGGUGCAUUGCAAUUUUUCAAACACUGCCUUCCUUGGAAUAUAGAAAGAAAUCAAACUUGUAUAUUUAUUAUAUCAUUACUCAAGUAAAAGGUAUGCUACAACUGGCAUACAACUUCACAUCAAGGUGUUUACGUUGAAUAUCCACGCUAGCAAAAUAUUUUGUCAUCAUAUUUUGUAUUGAAUUGUUUACAAAAAUUGUAGAAGGUAUUCAGUAUUGCUGAUGACUAUAAAUAUUUUCUAGACACAAGAGGAGUUCUUUUCACCUUAAAUCAAUUAAUUAUAAUUUCCAGUUAUCUAAAUUAAGAGUGCUUUAGCAUGA